GGUUUAAGACGAGGAGCAGGAGGAGGUUUCCCCGGCGGCGGCGGCGAAUCCAAACCCAAACCAUGGAGGAGAAGCCGAGCCUCUCGUCGGCGCUGUUCGCCGGCACCCGCUUCGACCGCAAGCGCUUCGCGGGGGACAUCGCGCGGUUCCGGACGGGCGCGCGGCCCGCUGCCCCCGCCCCCGCGGCCCCCGACGCCGCGGCGCCGGGCCCGGAGAAGAAGCGGAAGCGCAAGAGCAAGAGCAAGGCCAACGCGAAGAAGAUCAAGAGGAAGAAGAAGCGCGCCGACGGGGCCGCCUCCGCGCCCGAUGUUGUGGAGGGGUUCAGCGUGUUCAAGGGGGCGGAGGCGAAGGAGGCGGUUGAGGAGCCUGUGGAGGUGGUGGUUAGGGAGGACGAGGACGAGGCCGUCGUGAGGCGUCGGAAGGAGGCAGAGAGGGAAAUCGAGAGAGCUGCCAUUCUCCGGAAGAGGUACGACAUCCACAUUUCGGGACAUAAUGUUCCAGCACCACUGGAGAGCUUUGAAGAACUGGUUUCAAGGUAUGACUGUGAUUCAUAUUUGGUUGGGAACUUGUCAAAACUUGGGUUUCAAGAACCUACACCUAUCCAGAGGCAGGCCAUCUCUAUUCUUCUUUCAGGCAGGGAGUGCUUUGCUUGUGCACCUACAGGCUCUGGCAAGACACUUGCAUUCCUGCUCCCUAUGCUUAUGAAAAUCAAGCCAGGGUCUAAAGGAUGUGUUAAGGCUGUUAUUCUUUGCCCCACAAGGGAAUUGGCAGCACAGACUACGAGAGAGUGCAAAAAGUUGGCAAAAGGGAGGAAGUUUGGUGUCAAACUAAUGACCAAAGAUCUCUCACAAGAUGGUAAUUUCAAGGAUAUGCACUGCGACAUCCUUGUAUCCACCCCACUUCGUUUGGACCAUGCUAUACGAAAGAGAGACCUUGACUUAAGUAGGGUGGAGUACCUUGUGUUGGAUGAAUCUGAUAAACUUUUUGAGCUUGGAUUCGUCGAAGUGAUUGAUUCAAUUGUCAAAGCAUGCUCGAACCCUUCAAUAAUUCGUUCUUUGUUUAGUGCCACAUUGCCGGAAACAAUAGAGGCUCUUGCACGUACAAUAAUGCAUGAUGCUGUUCGGAUCAUUGUGGGAAGAAAGAAUUCAGCUUCCUCAAUGAUCAAGCAAAAGUUGAUUUUUGCUGGAACAGAGAGGGGGAAGUUGAUAGCUCUUCGCCAAAGCUUUGCAGAAUCCCUGAAUCCUCCGGUAUUGGUCUUUGUCCAAAGCAAAGAGAGGGCAAAAGAGCUCUACAGAGAGCUGGUAUAUGAUGACAUUAGAGUUGAUGUAAUUCAUGGUGACCUUACUGAAGAACAGCGUCAAGAUGCUGUUGACAACUUGAGAGCUGGAAAAAGCUGGGUGCUAAUAGCAACAGAGGUUCUUGCGCGGGGAAUGGAUUUCAAAGGUGUCAACUGUGUAAUCAACUACGAUUUCCCUGAGUCCGCGUCUGCCUACAUUCACAGAAUAGGACGGUCUGGAAGAGCAGGCAGGUCGGGGGAGGCAAUCACGUUCUUCACGGAGGAGGACAAGCCGUUCCUGCGGAAUAUUGCCAACGUGCUGGUAUCUUCGGGCUGCGAGGUCCCUUCCUGGAUGGUGGCAUUGCCCAAGCUCAGGAGCAGGAAGCACAGGGUGGACAGGGACCGCAUCUCCUUUUUAACCGACGAGGAUUGAGAGAGUGAUAUUGUGUAACCGUAACAAUUUUGUAGAGAUGACACGUUUGGCCUCAGUUUUCCCUGUUUGAAUGCCUGGUGAGUGUAUCAUUCAACUUUUCUGACUAAAACCUGAGAUGGGCGUAUUCAUGUGAGCA